AUGGCAGAUGAUCUCCAAGCCUUACUCGUCGAGCAAUCCACCACGAUUGCUGCAAUUAAACGAGUAAUACCAAAUUUCAAGAAGAUUGGCAAGGCGAACAUCACCAUAUAUAAGGCGAAGAAACGUGCAAAUGAUCUGGAAUCCCUUUGGGAGAGGUGUCAGCGACUGAACGUGCGGCUCCUUCAGGCGGCCUCAGCCGAAGACCAACUCGUCGUCGAAUACUUUGCCGAUAAAGAAUUCUUAGCCGCCGAGGAUGCUUACCAUGAAGCCGCCGAUCAUCUUGCCGAUUGCGUGGGAAAAUUCUCCCGAGACCGGUCCGACGUCGCGGCCUCUUCGGUAAGCGACUCGUCCUUACAAGAUACCAGUGCGUCUUCGUUGCAGUUACCUCGCAUCUCUUUACCGAAAUUCUUCGGUAAGUUCACCGAGUGGGAGAAUUUUCGCGGAAUCUUUGAAUCGCUCGUCGCGUCGCAAGAAUCGUUGUCAAAUACGCAAAAAUUGCAUUACUUAAAGGCCUGCGUCACGGGCGAUGCCGCGGUGUUAAUAAACCACAUCCAGAUUGCAGACACGAAUUACGACGCUGCGUGGAAACUGUUAGUCGAAGAGUAUGAUGAUCAACGCGCUAUAAUUCACGCUCAUAUUCAGGCUUUCGCCGAGUUGCCUAUCAUGAAAACCGAAUCUGCGGGCGAGUUAAAGAAUUUACGCGAUACCGUUGCCGCGUCUCUAUCGGCUCUAACCAAUUUAGAAAGACCCGUUGAAAAGUGGGAUGAUUUAUUGGUGUACAUUAUUUCUCAAAAGUUCAGUCCACGCACGCGUAACGAGUGGAAUCUGCAACGCGGAAAAUCCAACGAGUUUCCGACUUAUGAAGAGAUUCGAGAAUUUAUGACCAUGCGUAUUCGAGGUCUCACCGAUCACGCUAAAGUGAAUCCGGAUGCGUCUGUUAAUAAAAUUAAAACUUCCAAUCGCGCCUCCAUAAAUAAUGUGACCGCCGAUAAAUGCCUUCAUUGCUCCGGCAAUCACCGUCUCGCGCAAUGCGACGACUUCAAGCGAAAAUCGGUCGAAGAGCGAACUCAGAUCUGCAAACUAAAAAGGUGCUGUUUCAAUUGUUUGAAGAUCGGUCAUUUUCCGACCAAUUGUUCAAACACUAAACGAUGCACUUUAUGCCGACGAGCGCAUCACACUCUUUUACAUCGUGAUUCUAACGCUACGGUCCCGAAUACAGGCAAAAAUUCUACCGCCGAAAAGAAAAUGACGAUUUCAGCCCCAUCGAGCAGCUUAGCUGCCCCGGAGAGCAAACCUGCCGUCGCGUCGGUGCAAACCGUUAGUGCUCCGAUUAAAAACCCUCCGACCGUCUUACUCGCGACCGCGUGGGUAAUCCUCCGUACCAAUGAGGGUCGCAGUUUCAAGGUGCGCGCUUUAUUAGAUCAAGGUUCCGCAGUUAGUUUUGUAUCCGAAACACUAUGUCAAACGAUGCGUACCAAACGCUACCGAGCGAACCUCCGCGUACAUUGCUUCGGCGAACGAUACAGUGGCGUAGCGAAAUCUCGAGUAUCUCUCAUUCUCUCGUCUUGCAACGGGCAAGGCCCAUCCUUCCCCCUAAAUGCCUUCAUUUAUCAAAAAAUCACCUCUUACGCCGUGUCAAGGAAUAAGUCAAUCGAUUCUUGGCCGCACUUAAGUAACCUAUCCCUCGCGGAUGCUGACCCUUUCAGCAAUCAUCCGAUUCAUCUGCUUAUCGGGGCAGACUUAUACGGAUCUCUGUUAUUACACCAAAUCAAGCAGGGCCCGAUCGGGACGCCGACGGCUCAACUCACCUCCUUAGGGUGGAUUUUAUCCGGGCCUACUGACGCUUCGGAAUUAAGCGACGGGUCCGUCCAAUCGAUGAACUGCGUUUCGGAACCCUCGAUCGAAUUUCUUCUCCGGAGAUUCUGGGAAAUCGAGGAAGUCUCUUCUGUCCCCCAGAUGUCGGAUGAAGAUAAACGAUGCGAACAACAUUUUGUUGAAACACAUCAACGCGGCCCGGACGGUCGCUAUAUUGUACGGUUGCCCUUUAAAACCGAUCCUCCGAUCAGGAUCGGGGCCUCUCGCGAAACCACCGCGCUGCUAUAUUCUAAGUUAGAAGGCCGCUUACAAAAAAAUAGGGAUCUUGCCAGGCAAUAUCACGAAUUUUUAAACGACUACGUGACGAAAGGUCAUAUGGAACUCGUUUCCGACUCCAAUCCGACGCGGUUUCCUCCCGUAUAUAUACCGCAUCAUCCUGUUUUACGCGAGUCCAGCAGCACGACUAAGCUUCGCGUAGUAUUUAACGCAUCGUGCAAAACCUCUAAUGGAACUACGCUAAAUGAUCAUCUAAUGACCGGGCCUAAAUUGCAGCGUGAGUUGUCUACGAUCCUCCUUCGUUGGAGACAAUUUCGUUACGUAUAUACCGCGGAUAUCGAAAAAAUGUUUCGUCAAAUUCGCGUUAAUCCGGAUGACGUUGAUUUCACUCGAAUUCUCUGGCGAUCAAGAGACGAUCGUCCAAUUCAAUCUUAUCGGCUUUUAACCGUCACUUACGGUACUGCUCCGGCUCCGUAUCUCGCGAUGCGAGUCGUCAAUCAAUUGGCUCUUGACGACGGCUCCUCGUUUCCACUCGCGCGAGAUAUUAUACAAAAUUCCCUCUAUGUUGACGACGUACUAUUCGGCGCCGACAACAUCCAGUCGCUCCGCGAAAGUCGGGAUCAGCUUACGAAGCUAAUGACGCGAGGCGGAUUUCAUUUAAGGAAAUGGGCCGCGAAUUUAAAGGAAUUAUUGGAGGAUAUACCUCCUGGAGAACACGAACUCGCGAUUGAGCACCCGUUUGAUAAAGACAACACGCUCAAGGUACUUGGUCUCACGUGGAUUCCCAAUGAAGAUGCCUUUCGAUUCCAUAUCGAGCCACCGUCGCUCGGAGUAAAUACAAAACGCUCCGUUCUGUCGUUCAUCGCGCGUUUUUUCGAUCCGCUAGGAUGGGCGUCUCCGGUAACAAUUACCGCGAAGAUCUUAAUACAGGAACUUUGGAUUCAAAAAUACGAUUGA